GUUUGAUAUAUCUGACAUCUCAGCACAAUUCACGACACAGCCUGAUGCCUCAUUCUUCGGGAACAACUAUACGGUUGAGAGAGAAGAUUUGAGAAUGGAUUACUAGAACUCUCAUCGUUAUAUUCUGAAGUUUCUGUCGAGAAAACAUGGACUUUGACAGCAAGCAGGCUGCUUCAACCAAAUCAGCAACUCACUUCGACAAUAACUUCAUAUCCCAAUCAUUUUCAAGCAUAAAAAGAAAUGCAGGUUUUCAAGCUCAGCCCGAUGACAAAUUCGACGAGUCAAGUUCAACUGCCUCGUUGUCAACUACUAGCAAAGCCAUAAAAUGUUUGGUGUGCAAACGAGAAGAACUCACACUUGAUCCUUUAUAUGGUUGCUCAAAAUGUUUAGCCCGAUGGCAUGCUAGUUGUCAUAAGCCACGUCCACCAGUUGGGGCUGACGUCACUGACUGGUACUGCAACCAUUGUAUUAGGAAACAUGGCCUACCAUCAAGAGAGUUUUCACCAGAGAGACAAUCGCAGGGCGGUGUUUGUGAAAUACCUGGAUGCAACAAACAGAUUUACAGCAUGUUGGGUAAAACCAAAGACAAUAGAGUCAUGUGUACUCUGCACGAGAUGACAGAGAAAAACAAGAGGUCUAAGCUUGCUAGCAAAGCACAAUUAUCAGCCAUGUCAAGACCAGUCUCGAAGCCUAUUAAGAAAACAAGACUUUAUCCUGUUAAGUAUGACGAGGACAUGCAAGGAAUGAAGCGUAAACGAGGUAGAAAGCCCGGAGAUUUGAAUAAUAAGCAAAUACUCCCAGACAGUUUUACAGUCCAGUCAGAUUACAAUGAUAAACCAACCUCGAAACCUCAGGAGACUUUAAAUUUGGAGCGCCGGCUAUCUUACCCAGGAUCGCAACCUCCCAGGGAUGAAAACUUGGCCCAUUCUCCCAAAUCGAGGAACCUUUUUCAAUCACAAUUGAGAACAAUCAAGGCACCUGAUAGGAAUGGUUACCCGGAGGUAACUAACAUUCAGAGUCGAACCAUAAUUCAAUCAAUCUCAGAACUUCCAUCGUCGCCAGAGUAUGAGCCUCCACCGCCAAAUGAAUUUGAAGGCAAUAUUAGCUGUUCGCCUGAAUACGAACCGCCGUCGCCAGAUAAAGUUGACAGUGAUGUCAAUAUUUGGCAAUCUGACGUGGAGCGACUCGAUAUUGAACAAGACGAUAGUCCUGGCUCUCAAAUACAAGACGAGCUCAGAAUUAUGCAGGAAAGUGCAAAAAUGGUCGCAAAGGUGUCUGCGAGUGAAUUUGUUCAUGGGCACGGAUCGUCGUCUUCACUAACCCCGCUGUCGCCCAAUGGACGACCACUUAAAACAGUAUCUACCUCUGCAGAGAAUAAGAAUCAUAGUAGCAAAGCUUCCCUACUCAGCCGAAACGAGGUUGCCGAGGAACAAUUCCUGGCAGUUUCUUCUACGAUCCCAUUUCUAGCAGCUCCUUUGACCAGGAACCCAUUAAAGCCUAUACCAUCAAAAUCUAAUCUAGAUACCACAGCUGAAAAUAUGCAAUUCCUCGACCCAGAAAGUGAAAACCGCGAUGCAUUACGUCUAGUUGAUGAACGAAAAGCUAAAACGAUGGUUGCAAGAAAGAUGGCGCCGUCUAAGAAAGUACUUCAUCAUCAACAAAUCAUCAGUAAUGCAAUGAAUCAAUUUGUCCCUCUCCAACCCGACGAAAAUUCUUGGGAGUUGGAGUCUACAGUUCCACAAUCACACCAAGAUGGGCCGAACCAACAAAGUACAGAAGAGGAAGAGCCGAAGCACACCGCGCCACUUUAUGGUGAUUACAAGCCCAACACUGUCGAGUAUCAACGUCAAUUGCGCUGCUUAACAUAUGACCCCAGCGUUCUUGACCAUUAUCUAGAUUUACAGAAAGAAUCACAGGCUAGAGCUGAGGUUGAAAAAGAACAGAACAUUAUGCCCCAGUCAGAUAACGCCGCCAAAACGCAAAUCUGGGGUAAUAUUGAUCCUAGAGUCGUCUGGCCGAAAGAACAAUCUGAGAGCUGGUACGAGGCCAAACGUAAAGAAAUUGAUGCACGGGGUGGGAAGAAAGCGAAUUUUGGGAUAUUGCUUACGGCACAAGUGAGAAAGGAAAGAGCUGACAGAAGCUGGCAUCUUAAUCAGAACAAAGAUUAUGUUCCCAAGGCGGACAGAAAAGGAGGUUCAAUCUUUGUGGGAGAUGAUGAUAGUCGUGCCGAUAUCGAAUUGGCGAUUAGGGAUGGGAAGUUAGGGGUUCUUGUACCGGUGACUGGAAGGGAUGGAAAGAAAACUUCGGAAAAGCAAUUUCUUCCAAAGGGUGAUUGAUAGGUAAUUGGGAGUAUGGACCGGGGUUCUGAUUUCUUGGGGCGUUUGGAUUGGAUGUGGGAACGAUGAUUUAUGACCCCCUUACAUUCUUAUUACAUGGCCUCUAAUUGGAGUAGAUAGGAGUGUGUCACAAUGGGUGACUUCAGGUGAGAUUGGGAAAGUCUCAAAUGUUGCGGAGUCUUUUGGUACUACCCAUAUAACAUACAUAAAAGAGGGUGUGAAAAUUGAUAUGUAAUGCAUUAAUAGAAUCUACUGCCUUUGGUGCACGCUAUUGGUGUCUAUACAAAAAUUAGUCUCGACUGCUAUAAUAAAUCCGACACUGAGCA